AUGCAACUGUCAAGGUCGUGCUUUCAGCAGUGGACAUUGUUCUGUCUGGUAGUGUUCGAAAAAAUUCUGGUCGCCUGUCGAGACAACAUAGAGAUAAUUCCAAAAACAGUGGUUGACCAAUGGCAAGCUCUUUUUAUUUGCGAUACUACGUUGGUCAUAAGGGCAAGUUUGGACAUGAAUUUCUUGAGUUCGAGUUCAGACCUGAAGAUAUGCUAA